GCAAGCCUCACAGAGCUAGUUAGUUGGUUCACAGACUAAACUUAAGUGGCACGCAUGAACACUGUAAAAGGAAAAGAUGAUUUAAUAAUAUAAACAACACUCCAGUUCAUACUGUAAUUCAUCAGCCUCUGACAGACUAAUAAACCUCACACGCCAGCGCCACAUUACACACAUUCACACAGACCAUUUAAAUCUCCACCGGACUUCUGAAAGCUCCCCAGUGUCUCACACCACCUCAAUCCAGCAAUACCCUUGAAGGCUUCUGUCUACAUCUGGUUUAACCGGACCUCAAAUUUGGAAAACGACAGCUAACUUGAAGGAUAUCAGGGUUUCCCAUUUUAACCAGGGAGGAAUCAAAGGAAUCAGCUCAAUGAUUAUAGACGAUAGGAAGGAAAACAAAGAGGAGCAGCUGCCAGUCAAAGACACCAGUGUCAAGCUGGCAGGCAAGGACAAAGAUCCAGAGGUCCAGCGCGGGGUCAAGCCCCAGGAGAAGCAGGUGAAUGGUGACGGCCUCUUAAACUCGCCAACCAAUGACAAAAUGGUGCGAGCCGAGCUAGACUGGACGGUGCCCAUGUGUGUGCACCUACCCAUCGAAGUUCUCAACCCUGACCAGGCGUUCCCUUUCUUGAACACCACGCUCGCUGACCUGGGCAUCGAAGAAUCGGCGGUGAAAGAGCGGGUGGUGUGGGUGGACACGAAGCGCACCCGGGUGAAGGGGAAGUCUGGGAAGCUGAAGGAGAAGGAGGUGACCGUCCUGGAGGUGCGUGUGAAAGCGCAGCACCCCGGAGAACGUCAGUGUCAGGAGGUCCUUUACAGCACAGAGUCCCACACCGAUCGCUCCUUCUGCAGAAGCGGGGUGGACAUCAGCCCGUGGAGACACACACAGCCAGCUCAAAAUGAACUCCAGCCCGUGGAAAUGACUCUGGCUUUGGACGCAGUGUCCGAGUCCAAGUCCAAAUGGCAGAAGGCCCAAGAAAAACGAGAGUCGCCAAGCAAGGAGUGAGCGGUAGACGUUUGACGGCUCGGCUGAAGCUAUCUAACACCUCAGAUGACACACAAGACGCUUUCAUGUUUAAACCGGUGCACAAGAGUCGAAAUUCUGUGUGCUAUGCUGUAACUGACGGAUAUAUUUUGCUUAUUUUAUGUGGAAGCGAAACUAAAGCUUUGUGUGUUCUACAAAAAAUGUUUUAAUCUCAUGCCGUUUUUUUGUAUUUUAGAAUAUUCAUAAAUUUCAUCAGGGACAGCUUUACUUACACAAAAUAUGUAUCUAUCAGAAAGAAAUCUGUAUUACUUUAACGUUCAAUAGUUGAAGUCAGUCUUUUUUUUUAAAAAAGAUAUUAAUGCUUUUAUUCAGCAAAGAUUAAAUUUAUCAAAAGUAACAGUCAAGACAUUUGUUAAAAAAUAUGUCUAUUUCAAAUAAAUGCUGUUAUU